ACCGUAUUACUCCCCCCAAUCCCUCCACCCACUUUUCCACCUAAACUCCAGACUCCAGACGGACUUUGGUGGAGCAAAGACUUGGAACAAAGUCAACAAGUUUUAACAACAAUGUGACACAUUUUCCAUGCAGAAAAAAAAAAUCCACCAACCCAACCUUCCUGGACUAUUUUCACCACACUGAGUUGUAACUGAAAACCAUGUUGUCGAGUCAAUGCAUCUUGGCGGUGCUCUUGUGCGCUCAGGCGGUCCUCGGCUUCUCGGUGGCCGGCCAUCAGCAGCAGCAACCGCCGCUGGUGAGCACCUGCGAGGCCAACGGUAGCGUCUACUACGUGGGGGAGUGGUACUUCCUGGACUCGGACCAGUGCACCCAGUGCGAGUGCACCGCCGAGGGCCCGGAGUGUGCCCGCACCGAGUGCACCAGCCUGCCGGCGGCGUGCAUCCAUGUGAGCCAUUACCCCAGCGACUGCUGCCCCCGCUGCGAGAGGAUCGGCUGCGAGUACCGGGGGGUGGUCUACGACCUUGGGCAGAACUUCCAGCCAAGCGAAUGCGAGCAAUGUACGUGCGACAUCUCUGGCAUCGCCCGCUGUUUGGUGGCCGACUGCGCGCCCCCACCGUGCGUCAACCCUGUGUACCAGCCCGGCAAGUGCUGCCCUGAGUGCAAGGAGGGUCCAAACUGCUACACGGACUCAUCCCGCAGUCGGGUGAUUGCCGCCGGCGAGCCAGUCUGGGUGGACUCGUGCACCAAGUGUCGUUGCCAUGACGGCCAGGAUGCCGGCUACUGGGAGGGCAACCGGCUGGCCACCUGCUCCCGCCUCAAAAAUUGCACGCCCGAGCAGUCCAAGACACAAAACUGACACGCUCACUCAAAAUAUGUCUUUAAGUAAAAAGGUUUGUGGGGCAAAAAAGACUUCCGCCAUAUAGUAGUGACUGUUGAAAUUACAACUGAGAACCACAGUCAACCCCUGAAAAUUCGCAGUUCUCGUAUUUGCAGAUUCAUUUUUGUCCCAAUAUUUUUUUUUCACAUUUUGUAUUCUCCUGUUUUUUCCGGGAUUUUUUUCCCACCCCACUUUGCAUCGUUUCUUGUGGGGAAAAUAUAGUGAAUGUUUUUCAGCAUUUUGUGAAGAAUUAAUUGGUUUAAAAAAAAAAAAAAAAGUUGCCUAUCCUUGCUGUACGCAGUGCCGGUGCUAGCAUGAUUGCGCCCUGAGCUCCUCAUAUAAUAUUUUAGAUGUCAGUUAAACAUUGACAAGAAUUGGAACAUAUACACAUUGUUCAAUUAAUUAACAACAUGACUCAGUUAUCUUUUGAAGAAAAUUAUUCAAGACAUUCACAUUAUGAACGCAUUCCCUAUUUUAACAUUUUCAUGUAUACUUGCCAACACCUUUCCACAGCUCUCCCAGUGUUCAAAGUAAGCUAACAACCGAGCAGCUAUAAAUAAGGAUACACUAGUAAAAUUGACUGCAAAAAUGACAAAGUAAAACAAAACUGUCGGCGCUAGCUUAAAUAGCUAAUGUUAGCGAACGUAGCCUGGAAAUUGCAGUACAAUGAGACGUAAAACUCAAAAAUAUAUAUUGAUCCGGAUUAACGGGAAAAAUGAGAUCAAUUUUAAGACCUGUUCAAAGGGGGAAUCGUCCACCAGGGGGCGCAAAUUCCCUGUCCAAACUGCAAUGACAUUGUAACUUUUUGGGGAAUUGGCCGUUUGUUUCCGUUUCCAAGAGUGGCCAUCCUUACUUACUUCGCUGAGCAGUUGGGAUGAUUUAAUAAAAGCUACAUUGUGGCUUUGUGCAUUUACAAAUCUGUGUUUUUUUACAGAUGUAAUAUUGCAGAAUGCCAUAUCACAGGGCAAUUUUUUUGGGGUGUUGCCAACCUGUUGCCACAUACACAUCAAACAUGCGAAGAAAAGCCAAGUUUUUAAAGUUCAUCCAGUGAGUUAAGGGGAAAAAAAGCAGCAAGCAACAACCUCUGGUUGUCCUUUGAGAACCAGACUAAAAUUGUUACAUGCAUCCCUAUUUAUUAUUUAUUAGUUGACAGGAUAUUUUCCUGCUGUGUGAACCAGGUGAACUGUGUCAUUCACACCAAAUCUGUAAUGUCCAACAAUCUGUGAACGAGAUAAAUUCAGUUUAUACGAGAUGUGCGUUAACGGCUUAGCAUAGUAAAGCCAUGGUACACCGGUAAGGUCACGUAAAUUUUUUUAGCAAAGCAAUAAAUCCAGUUUUUAAAGCCGUC